ACUAACACGCAUUCGAGAAGUGGACACGAAUCAGAGGGGCGAAAAGGCAUGGGAAAGCGAUUUGCCCCUUUAUUGACUUGGGUACGUUGUUGAACUCCUACGCCUUUGGCGGAUCCAUUGCUCACGACAAGUAGUAUAGCUUUAGUUGCUCGCUGCAGGCGGCCUAUUCCUGCUAACCACAGGACGGAGAGCCGGCAAGCGGCGAAUUGUCAUUCCGACACCAACGAGCUUUUUCGCCUUGCCUAGCGGAUCUCCCGGUCCAAUUACCAUCCCGGCAUAGAUAUGAGAGCGCUCUCGGCACCCCCAAGUGCAUCCGGGCGAAUCUGCGAGCCGCACCGGAAAAUGCAGGCGAUUCUUCCGCAAGCCGGGGCUCGCCUGCACCUUGCAGCUGGCAGCCGACGCUGCCCAGUCAGCUGCUCUGUCGCCGCUGUCGAUGCGCCAGAACGGACGCAGCCGGCACCGAUGGCCCACUUGCAGCACUCCUCCCUGCUACACGGCCUCGGCAGCGUGGGCGACGUCAGCGCCUCGCACCUGCCCUGGCUGCUGCGCCUCGCGCACGUGCGGGCCAGGAUCUCUGGAGGAGACUCACAAGAAGCCCUGCAGGCCUCCUCCCGCGGCCUGUCCGCCUGGUCUGCAGCGCUGGCCCGCGGUCUUCUUCCGGACGACUCCACGCUGAUGCAGCUGGUGGCGGAGGGCGAUGACGUGGCCACCAGCUGCCCGCCCGGGGCCGACCCGCUGCAAGCCAUGUCCUGGCCAUCGGAGCCGCUGAGGACCAUGAUCAUCCGCGCCAUGGCCAAGCUAGGCGUGGGCAGGCUGUGCAAGAAGUAUCCAUCGGUUCGUGACGCGCUGCUGAAGAGCCUGCUGGAGACGGUGGUUAAAUAUGAGAAGAUGCUGGCGGGAAUCGAGGAGGAGGCGGAGGAGCGCGAGAAGGACCUGAACGGCAACUACUUCAAGACAGCGGCGGAGCUGAAGGCUGAGGAGGACGCCAAGCGCGCUGCCAACCGUGGCAACCACACGGGCGACAAGCACAACGCGCCGGUGCCCAGCUACCAGUCGCCCGCCGAGGUGGCGGCGGCGCGGCUGCAGGCCAGCAUCAAGGCGGCCAUGGCGGCGGGCGCCAGCGGCGAGAAGGCCACCGCCUUCGCGUUGGUGAAGGAGCUGUACGGCACGUGGCAGGGGCCGGUGGAGACGCUGGGGCGGGCGGGGCGGGCGUUUGAGGGGCUGGAGGCACUGCUGGGUGGAGACGACUUCGACCUGCAGGGCUCAAUCUGGAAGCGCGCGGGCUGGUCUCAGCUGGACGAGCUGCGGCGCAAGCUGGAGGAGCUCAAGGAGCUGAGGGACCUGGUCCGCAGCCUGGGCCGCGGCGGCGGCUGGGGACCCCUGCGCCGGGCGCCCGUGCAGUUCCUGGACCUGAAUGCGCGGCCGGGCCUGCUGCGCACCGUGCUGGAGGCGCAGGAGACCCGGGGGCUGACCCGCAGCGACGACAUCUCCCGGCUGCUGCCCGCGGAGGCAGCCCUGCUGGCGCGCGGCCGCGUGGUGCGUCAGGCCAAGUUGCUGUUCUACGCCAAGAUGGCGGAGAAGGCGCUGCAGACCUACGAGCGGGACGGCUGGGGCGAGUACCCCACACAGAUUGAGCCGGAGCGGCGCGAGAUCCGGCCCACCGCCGACCGCGGCCCCAUCCUGCUGUGUGUGGACACGUCGGGGUCCAUGAGGGGGGCGCGAGAGACCGUGGCCAAGGCGCUGGCGCUGGAGUGCAUGCGCGCGGCGCGGCAGCAGGAGCGCGGCUGCUUCGUGUUUGCGUUCAGUGGACCGGCCGAGGUGCGCGAGAUCGAGCUCAACAUGGACGCCGCCUCAGUCAACAACCUGCUGGAGUUCCUGGAGAAGAUGUUCAAUGGCGGGUCCGACUUCAACGAGCCGGUGAAGCGCUGCCUGGACCGCCUGACAGACGCCAAGUGGGCCAACAGCGACAUCCUGCUGGUGUCGGACGGCGAGCUGCGGCAGCCCGCCCCCGCCAUCAUGCGCAAGCUGGCCGGCGCCAAGGAGGCGCUGGGGCUGCGCGUGCACGGCCUGGUGGUGGGCAGCCCGGAGAAGAAGCGCGCCGACCCGGCCGUGCUGCGCGCGCUGUGCACCAACUACCUGCCCAGUGGCAAGGUGGAGGUGCUGGUGCACACCUUUGAGAGCUGGGCGUCGGUGCAGGCCGAGGCAGCCUUUGCUCUGGACUGGGACGACGUGGCGGGCAACAGCCGCCGCCGCCUGGCCAACCUGGCGCACGAGAAGGAGCGAAUGGAGGAGAGCCGGCGCAAGAAACGCGAGUCCAAGCAGGAGCUGUCUCGCACCGGCGUGCUGCCGGCGCCCAAGAAAUUCUGAGCAGGGCAGACCUGAUGAUGAGGCACGAACGAGAGGCAGUGCCGUGGGUGUGGCGGGAUGGAAGCGAGGUGCAGCAGCGCGGCGCAAACUUGUUGCGGGCGCGAUGAGCUGGAAUCAGUUAUGAGUCGCGUUGGCGGCUUUGCACAAUCAAUGAUGCUUUGUUGUGAGUGGGUAUGCUUUGUUGUGAGUAAUGUACCGUGUUUGUGGGUGCCAUGGAGACAGUCAUGGCACCACGACGUAUUUGCAUCAUCUGGAGCAGGGAGUCUUGUACGUCUCGGCGGGAACACCAUUGUACUGCGAAUGCAAGCCCGCGCACAGCUGCGGCGGCCUCAGAUUGAGGCUGCGCCAGCGUCAGGCGGCUGUGGCAUUGGCCUCGGCGUACUGACAUGUGAGACAAAUAUAUAAAGAUAGCGGAGUAAGACUUUGGGUCUGUGUAGGCAACCGCAUUCAGGGCUUGCCUCACAUGUGCUAGCUUGGCAAAGUGUAAAACGUUACUGGUGGCCCAUCGUACCGAUACAUACUGAACAAUCACGCGGUUGCAACACACGGCAAAGUUUCCCAAUGCGGCCCAAUCGCACGUGCCACUUGUCUAUGUGUGAAACUGCGCGGGAUGAUUCUAAGGCACAUCG